AUGUGUUUAAGAAUGGCGGGGACAUCAAAUAAUAAUGGGAAAGCGGGACGACCAGCUGUCCCGGUCGACGUGGGGUCGCCCUUACUCGACUGGGAGGAGGGAGACCACUUCAGUUUCGAGGACUCUGAACGAUUCGAGGAAGAUUCCCUUUGCAGCUGGAGUUCGGAGCCUGAAAGCCUGUGCAACAACUGGCGUGGCUGGAGAAGACCGAAUUUACCCAUUUCAUUUGCUCCUCGUCCAACGAAAAAAACCCCUCAAGACAAAACUGUAUCAUCCCUAAGUGAAUUAGCAGCAAAGUGUGUAGCCUGUCAUAUACCAUUUGAACUUGUCGAACAUGUGUAUCCACCUGUGCCAGAGCAAUUACAACUGCAGAUUGCAUUUUGGAGUUUCCCAGACAGUGAAGAUGACAUACGAUUAUACUCAUGUCUUGCGAAUGGUUCAUCAGAGGAGUUUCAGAAGGGAGAACAGCUCUUUCGUGACAAAGCAGUUAAGGAUGUUUUACAAAUUGGAUUCCACUUAUCUGCUACUGUAUCCCUUACAAUGGCAAGGACGCAGUUUAACGUAGCAGUCACGUUUGACAGGCAGAAAAUAUCAUCAUGUAACUGUACGUGCUCAUCAUCAGCUCACUGGUGUUCACAUAUUGUUGCCGUGUGCCUAUUCAGAAUACAUUUGCCAACACAAGUAUGUCUCAGAGCGCCCGUAUCCGAAUCUCUUCAGAGGUUGCGUCGCGAUCAAUUGCAAAAGUUCGCACAAUACCUCAUAUCGGAGUUGCCAAGACAAAUACUGCCUACGGCUCAAAAGAUAUUGGACGAGUUACUAUCCGCGCAGCCUAACCAGAUUAAUACUACCUGCGGGGCCCCAGACCCCACUGCUGGGGCAUCGGCCUACGAGUACACGUCGUGGUUCCUCGAUGAGAAGACUCUGCACAAUAACAUCAAUAAAAUAUUGGUGAAGUUUUGCGUGCCCACACCGAUUGUGUUUAGUGACGUAAAUUAUCUAAGUACAAGCGCACCGCCGGCCGCGGCCGAGUGGUCGUCGCUUUUGCGGCCACUGCGCGGACGCGAACCGGAAGGCAUGUGGAACCUGCUCUCCAUUGUCCGGGAGAUGUUCAAGCGCAGCGACAGAAACGCGAUCCCGCUGCUGGAGAUCAUCACCGAGGAGGUCAUGGCUUGCGAACAGAUUAUCGUAUGGUGGUACAGCACGAAGGCUGCUUUAGUAGCUUGGGGUGGCGGCACAGGAGGUAAACAUGGCGGCAGCGGAGGCAAUUCUGCUGCACAACAUGCUUGUUCUUCACUUUGUGAUGAGGUGGUUGUGCUAUGGCGGCUGGCGGCUCUAAACCCUGGUCUAGCGCCGCAUGAAAGAGAUACACUACAUGAGCAGUUCGCACAGUGGCAUAUGAAGGUCUUGGACAAGGUUGCAAAGAACCGCAAUAAUCACAUAAACGCGUCACACCCACGACAUGCGCGUGCGCACUCACAUCCGCCCUACAUCAACGGGAUCAGCGAGAAUGAAGUGUUUCCUGGCUUCAAUCCGGCCAUGGAGGCGUGCUUUUUGGAGUGGGACGAUUACCAGAUACCUGGUGUCACAUACACUAAGGACUUGAACCCGCUGUACCAUAGUCCGUUCACUAUCUUCAGACACUCGGACAAACAGACAGAUAGCGUUCAUCAGGUUAAUUCAUCAAAAGCAGUACUUAACAAUGAGAUGUCUCUCAGCUACAGACUGACAAAUCCUGACCCAUCAAUACACCGCGCCCUGGUGCAUAGGAACAGUAGAAUUAAUGUGGAUAUCGCAAUCGCUGGACCUUCAAAUCAACCCUGUGGUUCCGGACAAGAAGCGCCUCGUGACCCUGGCCCUAGUGACGGGAAUCAUUCAAGUGUCUCUUCUGAAGGUUUCUGCGAAAACGAGGAAGAGAUGCAAGUGAGCGGUGCGGACGGCGGCGACACUGACUCGCAAGACUCCACCUCGCCACCGAUAUCGUCAGAUGACGCACGACAACCGCGUGACGACUCUGUCUCUGAUGACGAGUGCCAUCUCUACUUCUAUGACGCCAGUGCUGCGAGACGCGUGGCCGCUGAUGGUUCUAGCGCUUCUAUUAUGAAUGGGGGUAACAGUGUGGGUAGUGCGAGUAGUAGUGGCGCAAGUUGGCAAUGUGGAUGGGAGGUGCAGUUCGCUCGCGCCGAGGGAUUACAUGCACAUGGACACGCCCGUGAAGCCUGCGCUCUUGGAGCCAGUCUAGCUAGAGAGCUGCUGGCUAGACCACCUGCGUUAUUAGGUUAUGGCGGCGGUAGUGCAGCCGAAUUGCGACGCGCGCGCAGACGUCACGCGCCAUCGCCCCGCCUUUGUGCGGCAAGCCAUCGUACUUCGUGUUUGGCUUCAGCCACCUUGGCUAAAUGCGCGUUUCUAUGCACAGUACUAGCAGAAUUUAGUGAACAUCACGAAUUGGCAUUCCGUGUCGGCCUAUUCGCGUUAGAGAUGGCCCGACCACCUGCAAGUACUAAAGCUCUGGAGGUAAAACUGAAUAACCAAGAGUCGGAGCUGGUGUCCUUGCUGAAGAAGUUGCCAACUGGCGCUGAACAGUUGGCGCUGGCGAGAGAGAAGGCUGAACAACUGAGAGAUGGGUUGUUACGAAGUCGUGGUCCCGCGUUGCUACCGAUAUCGUUAGCGACUUUUCUCUUUGAAGUACUGGUGUUAUCAGCGGCUGAGAACAAACAUGAUGCAAGGGUAGUGACCGAUGAAGUGCUUGGGUUUGAAGCGGCAGUUGCGGCUCUCGGACUCAAGGCAAACGUCUCUGAAGCUGAUCACCCAUUACUCUGUGAGGGCACCCGGCGUCAACGCGGUGACCUUGCGCUGACCUUGUUAUCUUUCUACAAGAACAGCCCAGUUAAACUUGCAAGGAUUAUGAAUAAGCUUUUGGACCGCGACAUCCACCAGCUGACCAAGGGUCCAAUGGUGAGCAUGUACUAUUCCAGCAACCCCCGCUUCAAUACUCGCAGUGAACAUCAUUAUCAUCACCCGCCACCCAACAUGCCUGUUGCGGGUCCGUCGUGCAGUUUAUCCGGGGACAUGGAGCGCUUGUCCGUGGGCGAAGGCGGCGGUUCUCCACCCGCACCACAACACUCUCAUCAACAGCAUACACAACAUUCUUUGCCCCGGCUUAAGGACACCAGAUACAAAGGCAAACGUCAAUAUCCUUCUGUGCCGAACCAGCCAUCGGAAGCGUCUGCGCACUUCAUGUUCGAGUUAGCGAAGUCGGUCCUCUUCAAAGCCGGAGGGUCUUCAAGCACCAGCUUAUUUACGCCUACGUCCUGCGCUAGAGAACACCAUGGACCUCACAGGGGCUUGCAUAUGGCUGCAUUCCAGCUGGGUUUAUACGCUCUCGGCCUACACAACUGUGUCAGCGCUAAUUGGCUCAGUCGUACUUACUCUUCUCAUGUUAGCUGGAUUACAGGUCAAGCCAUGGACAUUGGUGCACCGGCUAUAUUAUUUUUAAUAGACGCAUGGGAAGGUCACUUGACUCCACCAGAAGCUGCUGGGAUUGCAGAUAAGGCGUCAUCCGGCCGCGAUGUGCAAACAGUUCGUGCAGCGGCUGAGUUGGCCCUAUCAGUGUUGCCCCAUGCGCAUGCACUGAACUACAACGAGAUACAGCGGGCUGUACUACAGUGCAAGGAGCAGAGUGAUGCGAUGCUUGAACGAGCCUGUCUCACGGUCGAAGCUGCUGCUAAAGGCGCGUGCGCAGGUGGCGGCGUGUACCCCGAGGUGCUGUACACGGUGGCGCGCUAUUGGCACGAACUGUACCUGCGUCAGGCAAGCGAAGAGGAGCCUGACGAGCCGUACAGAGCACCCCCGCCCCUGGCCGUCCCGUUGCCGUACCCUCUGCCUUACCCGUUCACGUACCACCCGUACCCGCCGCAUAUCUACCGUCUGCAGUUUGAGUGCCCGCAGUACGGCAGUGCGGGUGCGCCGCAUCCCGGCCCAGCGCAGUACGCCAUUCCGCAGUACUUUGUUCGUGGGAUCGUACCUUCGCACCCGACGCACGCGCCGCACGCUGCACAUGCACCGCAACAUGCGCAGCUGGCGCAGCACGUACCCCUACAGCCACAUGCGCCCCCCGCAUCCACAGCCGAUACCCGUCAAUGUGUCUCACCCAGCUCCAAUCCCGCCGCCUUUACCUGCCGCCCACGGCUCAGUUGGACCAGUGGGAGUGGUACCGCGUUACCGCAAGCGCAAUUACGGCGUUUGCUAGCUGCGUACCGUGUUGGUAUGCUAGCACUCGAGACGCAAGCUAGAAGGGUGCAUGAUGAUCGACCGCAAAAUAAAUUUGGAAGAAACCCACCAUACGGCGAGCACGUGAAAUGGCUCCUGCGUAUAUCAAAGCGUCUCGGUGCACAGUACCUUCACCAGUUCUGCGUGUGCGCAGUGAAUUCUGUGGUCUCGCCAUUCGUCCUUUACGAACUUUGCGUCGAGUCCGCCCACUGGCUUGCGCGGGGCGGCCCCCAUCACCUUGUGAUGCAGCAUUUGAGAGGCACACUAGCGCCACUCGUACACAAGUGUCAGCAGAUGUACAUACAGUGCAUUCAUCAGAAGUUGUAUCACUUAACGGCCGUGGAGUACGAAGAGUUCGUUGGCAUCGUAUUAUCAGCGCGAACAGCUUUCCAGUUGACACCAGAAGGAAACACGCAGUUUAAGGAGUGGCUUGCAUCAUUGCGCAGAUCAAAGUCAUGCAAGAAGGACUUGUGGACACAGCUGAACGCGGCGCUGCAGACGAACGGCAAAUGA